UUUCUCAGAAUGCCUAACCAGUCAACUUCACAUGGAGAGACAACACCUCUUCUUCGAGCGCCGCCCUCAGCUGCCGUCGUCCACAUCAGCCAAGGCCACCGACGUCAGAAAUCCAGCUCGACAUCCGCCUCGUCCACAACACUCAAAAGCGGUGAUAUCAUCUCGACAACUCGCAGAGACAUUGAAGAUGAUGUGCUUCCCGAGACAGCCGUCCUGGGACGUACUCUAGGUUGCAGAAGUGCCUACAUUUUGAUCAUCUCGCGGGUCAUCGGGUCUGGCAUCUUUGCAACUCCGGGGAGCAUAGUCAGUUCAGUGGGGAGUAUCGGUCUCAGCCUCACCCUUUGGGUCGCCGGUGCCGUUUUGAGUUGGUUUGGAUUGGCUGUUGGAUUGGAAUAUGGAUGUAUGCUUCCGCGCUCAGGUGGCGACAAGGUAUACUUGGAAUUCACUUAUCGUCGCCCUCGAUUUCUGGCGUCGACCAUUGUAGCUGUUCACGCUGUACUUUUGGGGUUCACGGCAAGCAACUGUAUCGUUUUUGGCGAGUACACCCUCUUCGCACUCGGGAAGCAGCCCUCGGAACACAAAGUCGAGGUUCGGGCUCUCGCUGUGGCUUUAAUGACGCUGAUUACCAUCAUUCAUGGUUGCUUUCUUAGGACGGGGAUAUUCAUCCAAAACCUGCUGGGUUGGAUCAAGAUUGGCUUGAUCAUGUUUAUGACACUUGCUUCUGCCGUGGUGGUCCUGGCCAGCUACCGUCCCACAACCCCAUCCGAAACGACGCGGCUACUGCUACCUUCCUGGGAUAGUAUCUGGGAGGGGUCUGUCUGGAACUGGGGCAUCAUCAGCACUGCCUUAUUCAAGGUUUUCUACUCGUAUGCGGGACUGCAAAACGUCAACAAUGUACUCAACGAAGUGCGGGACCCAGUCAAGACACUGAAAUCAGCCGCACCCACUGCCUUGUUUACAGCUUGUCUCCUGUACUUUCUGGUCAAUGUCGCCUAUUUUCUCAUUGUGCCAUUGGAUGAGAUUAAGCAGAGUGGCGAGCUGAUUGCAGCGCUGUUCUUCCAGAGGCUGUUGGGGGAAACGACCGGGCGGAUCUUCCUGCCUCUAGCUGUGGCUAUUUCGGCUGCUGGAAAUGUUAUGGUUGUCACAUUCUCCUUGGCGAGACUGAACCAAGAGAUUGCUCGCCAGGGUCUCCUACCUUAUGGACAUCUCUGGUCGUCCUCUCAGCCGUUUGGAGCCCCUUUGGGAGCACUCAUGGUCCAUUACAUCCCCUCUGUGGCGGUGAUAUGCGUCCCGGCUCGCAACAUAUACUCCUUCAUUCUUGAUGUGGAAGGAUAUCCUGGUCAGUUCUUUGUUUUGGCGACGAGUCUUGGUCUCAUUUGGCUUCGGAAGACGAGACCAGAUCUGAGACGUCCAUACAAAGCAUUCCUACCUGCAGUGUGGGCACGAAUCGUGUUAUCUAUUGCCAUGAUUGCAGCCCCAUUCAUGCCCAUGGCUGGUGAGAGCCAUGGUGAUCAUUUGUUCAGGGUCAGUUAUGCAUUGGUGGGCAUCUCCGUACUUUUAUUGGCGGUUCUCUACUGGUUUGUGCUUGUCGUUGUUCUUCCUAAACUUGGCGGAUACGAAUUGGACAAAACAACCGAGGUCUUGGGGGAUGGCACAGCUAUUACAAAACUCAUUCGUGUUGCAAAAGAAGACGAACACCACACUUGA